CGGCGGCCCUUCCUCGUGGCGUGGAACGUGCCCACGCAGGAGUGCAAGCCGCGCUUCCAGGUGGAGCCCGACCUGAGCCUCUUCGACGUGCGCGCCUCGCCCAACGAGGGCUUCGUGGACCAGAACCUCACCAUCUUCUACAAGGAGCGCCUCGGCCUCUACCCCUACUACACGGCGCAGCGCGCGGCCGUCAACGGCGGCGUGCCGCAGAACAGCAGCCUGGCCGAGCACCUGGCGUGCCUGCGCCGCGGCAUCGCCAAGUACAUCCCGUCGGAGGCGGCCGAGGGGCUCGCCGUCAUCGACUGGGAGGAGUGGCGCCCCAUCUGGGUGCGCAACUGGAAGCCCAAGGACGUGUACCGCAACGCGUCGCAGCAGCUGGUGCGGCGGCGGCAGCCCGCCUGGGACGCCGAGCGCGUCUACAGGGAGGCCGUGCUCGAGUUCGAGUCGGCCGCGCAGAGGUUCAUGGUGAAGACGCUGCGCCACGCCAAGAGCGCCCGCCCCAAGCAGCUCUGGGGCUUCUACCUCUUCCCCGACUGCUACAACCACGACUACAGCAAGAACAAGGAGACCUACACGGGGCAGUGCCCCGACGUGGAGAAGACGCGCAACGACCAGCUGGCGUGGCUCUGGAAGGAGAGCCUGGCCCUCUACCCCUCCAUCUACCUGGACCCGGUGCUGGCCUCCACCUCCAACAGCCGCAAGUUCGUGCGCGCCCGCGUCAUGGAGGCGCUGCGCGUCUCCCAGCAGCACCACGAGGGCUACGCGCUGCCCGUCUUCGUCUACACGCGGCCCACCUACACCCGCAGCAUGGACGUGCUCACCCAGCGCGACCUCAUCUCCACCAUCGGCGAGAGCGCGGCGCUCGGCGCCGCCGGGGCCAUCUUCUGGGGCGACGCCGACUACACCAAAAACCGGAACUCGUGCCAGGCCAUCCAGAGCUACCUGGAGGGCGAGCUGGGCCGCUACAUCGUGAACGUGACGACGGCGGCGGAGCUGUGCAGCGCGGCGCUGUGCGAGGGCCGCGGGCGCUGCCGGCGGCGGGACAGCGGCGCCGCCGUCUUCCUGCACCUGCCGCCGGGCAGCUUCGAGGUGCGGCGGCGCCCGCCGCUGCGCGCCGAGGGCCGCCUCUCCGACGCCGACGCCGACUUCCUACGGACCCACUUCCGAUGCCACUGCUACCGCGGCUGGCGCGGCGGAGACUGCCGUCUGCCCGACGGGACCCCCGGCGGCGGCGCCCCCACCGCGCCAGCCCCGCUGCUCCUUGUGGCGCUGCUGGCGCCCCUCGCCCGCGCCCUAUAGACCCCCCGGGACUGAGCGCCGGAUGCGGCGUGUUUGGGGGUCCCCACCUGGCAGCUGG